GCAAGCACCAUCUUCCCCUCGAAUCAAGAUGCGCGGCAUCCUCUUAGCCACCACCUUCCUCCCAUCCGCUCUCGGCUGCAUUCUCUUCAACGCCACCCUCCACAACGGCCCCCGAACCGCCAGCUCCGCCGAAGACGCCAUAAAAAUCGCCAACAAUCAACAGAGCGGCGACACGACCCGCGACCAGCGUCUAGACCUAUACCUCUGGGACGACACGAACAACAACUUCGUCGUGGACGUCCUCAAAGACUCCUUCUGCUCCGGCGUCGACCUGAAGCCCUACGAAGACAACUCCUGGGCGGUGAAAUGUAGCCCGCCCGAGAGGGCCGUCGAGCUCGAUGUACACUGGGACCCCGACAUUACGGACGGCGGCGUGCUCGUCAAUGUUUUGAAGUAUAAGAAUCCGAAGGGGCAGGCGAAGAAGUUCAACGAUCCGGAUAAAGAUUUGGUGUAUUCGUUUCAGACGGGGAGUAAGGAUGAGAAGGGGGAGUUUUUCGAGGCGAGGAUUUUUUGUAAUGAUUGUAAGGAUCCGAAUGGGCAGGGGGUUAAGUGUUGAUAGAUGAUGGGAGGUCGCGGGUCGUUAAUAUACUGUCGGGUAGGGCCAGUCGGUUUGAGAAAUUACGGCUCGUGAGGGAUGACAUGUUUACUUACUCCCUUCAAGUCCGAUGUUUCGUAUCCG